GACCUAGCUUCCAAGCCAUGAGGCGUGACCCAGAACUGCGCCAAGCUACCUCCCCAACCUUCCACGCUGUACGGGGGGACACCGUACUCAUCACCGUCGCCGUCGACAAGCCUCUCCUCGCCCGGAGCGUCGCCAUCCAAUGGCACGGCACCGGCGAGACUGGCACGCCGGCGGCGGCCGAUGGCAUCAAGGGCCACACCUUGACGUACAAUUUCGUGGCAGACAGGCCGGGCACGUUCACCUUCCGCGCGCGCUACGGCCGCAACCGCGCGGCGACUUUCACCGACGCGCAGGGACGUGAGGCCUGGCCGUCCGCCGCCGGCGACCACGCACACACCGAUCGUGUCCGCGUGCCACGCAGCCAAGAGGGGCCUUCCGCCUGCCGACGAACACGCACCCCUCCACGGACCGCCCACCAAGAGCUCGUCUACGUUCGCGGUGGCCGGGGCCAUGCGUGCGUCGAAGCGCAACUCAUGGCAGGUAACACCACUAUCUACCUCAAUGACGAAGGCCCGGUUGAGUGGCUCCUCCGAUUGUCCGCCCUCGGAUUGACGGCCGCGGCCUUGUGGGUCUGUGGUGUAUGCGGCGGGCGGCGUGCCACUGUUAUGCGCCGCAGAGGAGACGGCCCAUUGGACGUAAGGUUUGUAGGUCGAGCAAAUCCUCACGUUUCAUGGGCUCCCAGCUUCCCGCCGCCUUGAGUUAGUAUUGUCAAAAAAAAUUCCCACUGUAAAUAAACAUAUGUGGUAGUUUUCUUUCUAUUGAAAUUUUGGUGUUGUUGCUUCAUUAAUUUGCACAUCGAGUUUGUAGAAAUUUCAUUGUAAUCUAGUGGAAAUGAAUUUGAUUGUGUAAUAGUAGUUGUCUAACUUAUGUGUAAAUGGUUGUGUGUACUCCAGAUGUUUGUAACAAUUAUCUAUUGUUGUCUUGCUAA